GACGUCACUUCCUCUCACGCUUAGCGCUGCCCAGGGCCGGACGGAGCUCGGGCUGAUCCGCCAACAUGCGGAUAGAGAAGUGUUACUUCUGCUCGGCGCCCAUCUACCCGGGGCACGGAAUGAUGUUCGUACGGAAUGACUGUAAGGCCUUCAGAUUUUGCCGGUCAAAAUGCCACAAAAACUUCAAAAAGAAGCGCAAUCCCAGAAAGCUCAGAUGGACAAAAGCCUUCAGGAAGGCGGCUGGUAAAGAGUUAACUGUGGAUAAUUCCUUUGAAUUUGAAAAGCGAAGAAAUGAACCCGUUAAAUACCAGAGGGAGUUGUGGAGCAAAACUGUUGAGGCUAUGAAGAGAGUGGAAGAGAUUAAGCGGAAGCGACAAGCCCGGUUUAUCAUGAACAGGCUCAAUAAGGGGAAAGAGUUGCAGAAAGCCCAGGAUAUCAAAGAAGUCAAACAGAACAUACACCUUAUCCGGGCUCCACAUGCUGGAAAAGCAAAACAGCUGGAAGACAAAAUGGUUCAGAAACUACAAGAGGAUGUGGACAUGGAAACGUCGCCCUAGGAAUGUAUAUAAUACUCUUUACAUCGGCGUUACACCAUCAGCUUCAUCAUGGAAACCUUUUUACAGCACAAUGGACUGUAGCCUAAGUUACAUAUCUGAAGGCCAAGCUCAUGGAGCGAGACUGUGUACCAUCAGUCUGACAAAUAAAUAUUUUAUUUACUCA